CUGGCCCCGCAGGAGGCCGCGCAGAGGCUGAAGUCGGUCGCGCCCGUGAAGCUCGUGCUCUCCAGCCGCACGGACGCCGGGGUCCACGCGCUGAGCAACGCGGCGCACCUGGACGUCCAGCGCCGCUCCGGCCGGGCCCCCUUCUCCCCUGCGGUCCUGACGGAGGCCCUUAACACCCACCUGAAGCACCCCGCCAUCCGGGUCCUGCAGGCCUUCCGUGUGCCCAGUGACUUCCACGCCCGCCACUCCGCCACGUCCAGGACCUACCUGUACCGCCUGGCCACCGGCUGCCCCCGGCAUGACCAGCUGUCUGUGUUUGAACGGAACCGAUGCUGGGCGCUGCGGGCAGACCACUUGGACAUAGCUGCCAUGCAGGAGGCUGCCCAACACCUCCUGGGGACACAUGACUUCAGCGCCUUCCAGUCGGCCGGCAGCCCGUCCACUACCUCGGUGCGCACACUGCGCCGAGCCUCGGUGUCCCCUGACCCAGCCAGCCCCUUUGUCGUCCCCCAGGAGAGGAGGAUACAGUUCUGGAGCCUGGAGUUUGAGAGCCAGUCCUUCCUGUACAAACAGGUGCGGAGGAUGACAGCGAUCUUGGUGGCCGUGGGACUAGGAGCUUUGACUCCUGCUCAGGUGAAGAUGAUUCUUGAGAGCCGGGACCCCCUGGGCAAGCAUCAGACACGUGUGGCCCCGGCCCACGGCUUGUUCCUGAAGUCAGUGCUAUACAGCGGCCUCAAGGACUUUGCAUCUGGGAGUCCAGCCUGGGCCCAGCAGGAAAGCCAGGGACCAGGGGGCAGGGAGGCCCCAGGUCAGCCAGAGGACUUCAGGCCAGAGACCAAUGGCCCAAAGGCAAACAGCCUGGAGUGAGGUGCCCAUGUUCCUCAGGGGCAGAGCUCCCUCAGCCCACACCCCACGAGUUCCCAAUGGAGGAGGGAGGCUAAGGGGGGGCUCCCCAGCCCCUGCAGAGAACUCCCUGCCCCCAAGCUGACCUAGGAUCUGUCUACAGGUCCUGCCUCCAGCAUUCCCAAAGCUUUUGGCCUUGUGUAGUCUGCAGGGUCCAUAGCACUGAAGCCACAGAUGACCCCCAGGUGCCGAGCCAAGGUCAAGAGCAACCUUGGCUCACUUGGCCAGGCCACUGGACCCUGCCUAGCUCUGCACACCACAUGCCCUGUGUUGUCAAGCACUCAGCUGCCUGGGGCCACAGCAGGCCUCCUGCCUCCCCAAGUCCCCACCACCUUGGGUGCCUGUCUGCCCCAGGUAGGCUACCCCGGGGGUAGGUACAAGAAACAGGUGUGAGCACCGUGAGCACCAAGACUGGAACACAGGCAGCCUUUGGUUCUGUUUACUGGAAAUUAUCAUCUCAGACUCAGAAAUAAAAUGUGAAGAAGU